AUGCCUGAGACCUCUGUAACUAGAGACCAGAUGUCACUGCUGUCCAGGAGAAACGUGAACGUGAUGCUCAUCAGGGAGCCUGUCCGGGGCCCGGAAGGAGCCAGCAGACAGACUAAAACAGCCUCAGGAGUCCGGACUAGCUUGUCAGUUGGACUAGUCCCAAUUGAGCUUGGACUGGCAGGUAUGCUACACCGAAAAACAGAUAGUGCGAUACAGAAAGACCCAGCUAUGCUUUGUGAUCAAAAUCCAGAGCAAUCAAACAGGAAUCAUAGUGAUGAUGAAAGAAAGGGAAAGGAAAACUGGAAAGAAAGAGAAGGAGAAGGAAAAGAAGAGGAAGUAGAAGAGAAACUGGAAGAGGAACAAGAAAUGGAAGAGGAAACUGAAGAACAUCCCCAGGAAAGAUUGGUCAGCAAACCGCUCUUGAACACUCUCUGGGCAACAUUUAAGUUAAACAAAUGCCCCACCAUAGGAGACAGCCAGUCACUUGCAUUUGAAUUUAACAUGACAGUAAAACAGAUAAAGCAAUGGUUUCGUAAAAAGAGGAAGAAAUACAAGAAAGUGAUGUGCAAGCAGAAACCUAAGAAGAGACUUAAGAGAUGCUGAAUAUUUAUGACGCUUGUCCCUUCUGGGCUACCUAUUGGCAGAACCUCAUAUGAGUGGAAAAACUUAAGAACA